UGCUUCCCUCCUGUUACCUCACUGCAGCACUCGGCAACAGCAGCACUUAGCAGCAGACACAGCAACCCAGCCGUCCCUCCCCCCUCUAUCUCACCGUCUCUCUCUCCCUCUCUCUCUCUCUGUGUGUGAGUUCGUGUGUGCAUGCUCAGCAGUGCUCUCCUCCCUCUCUCUCAGUCCUGUGGCAUAUUCCAGCACUGGUUGUAGGGGACAUCGGGACGCUCCUCACCCACUGCUUCUGCAUGACUGUCACGAAGAUGUCAUGGCGUCCGACAUACCGAAGCUCCAAGUUUCGAAACGUCUACGGCAAAGUGGCCAACCGGGAGCACUGCUUCGACGGCAUUCCCAUCACCAAGAAUGUCCAUGACAACCACUUCUGUGCGGUCAAUGCCAAGUACCUUGCCAUCGUCACGGAGAGCUCAGGCGGAGGGUCCUUCAUUGUUAUUCCUGUAUCCCAGGCUGGCCGUAUUGAACCCCACCACCCCAAAGUGUGCGGUCACCAUGGCAAUGUCCUGGACAUCAAAUGGAAUCCCUUUUUUGAAAACAUCAUAGCCUCCUGCUCUGAGGACUCCUCCGUGAGGAUAUGGGAGAUCCCUGAUGGUGGCCUGAGACGGAACAUGACGGAGGCCAUGAUGGAGCUGUAUGGACACAGCAGGCGUGUAGGCCUCAUCGAGUGGCACCCGACCAGCAGCGGAAUCCUCUUCAGCGCUGGCUAUGACUACAAGAUUUUAAUCUGGAACCUGGAACAAGGAGAGCCGGUGAAGAUGAUCGACUGUCACUCUGACGUCAUCCUCUGCAUGUCCUUCAACACAGACGGCAGCCUGCUGGCCACCAGCUGUAAGGACAAGAAGCUGCGUAUCAUCGAGCCACGCUCAGGGAGAGUCUUACAGCAUGCCAACUGUAAGAACCACAGGGUCAACAGGGUGGUGUUUCUGGGCAACAUGAAACGGCUGCUGACGACAGGUGUGUCCCGGUGGAACACCAGGCAGAUUGCAUUGUGGGAUCAGGAGGACCUGUCCAUGUCCAUGGUAGAAGAGGAGAUUGACGGCCUCUCAGGGCUGCUGUUUCCCUUCUAUGAUGCAGACACACACAUGCUUUACCUGGCAGGAAAGGGUGAUGGCAACAUUCGUUACUACGAGAUCACUACAGAGAAGCCAUACCUCCAGUAUUUGAUGGAGUUCCGCUCCCCUGCACCACAGAAAGGCCUUGGUGUGAUGCCAAAACAUGGGCUGGACGUGGCGGCCUGUGAGGUGUUCCGCUUCUACAAGCUGGUGACACUGAAGGGGCUGAUCGAACCCAUAUCCAUGAUUGUGCCAAGGAGGUCCGAGACGUAUCAGGAAGACAUCUAUCCAAUGACGGCAGGGACUGAGCCUGCUCUGUCAGCCAGCGAGUGGUUGAGCGGGAUCAACCGAGAUCCAGUGUUAAUUUCAUUGAAGGAGGGCUACCAGAAGCCCAACCAGAUAGUAUUCAAGGCCCCAGUGAAGGACAAGAAGGGAGUGGUGGUCAAUGGCAUUGACCUUCUGGAAAACAUGCCACCCAGGACUGAGAACGAGCUGCUGAGAAUGUUCUUCAGGCAGCAGGAGGAGCUGAGGAAGAUGAAAGAGGAGCUCACGACCAAGGACGUUAAAAUACGCCAGCUGGAGCUGGAACUCAACAACCUGAAGAACGUCAGCCCUGUUGUUAAUAACGUCUGACCUCUGGCGCCACCUCACGUCACCUUUAGAUUGAUCCCUCCAGUCAUACAUUACUCGUACUUGCUGUUGCGAGUGAUAAUGUAACAACCACAAUGUAAUGCACAUCGGGGUAGUGAUUCCAGGAUCCUGGAGAACUGUGGGUUUUCUAUUCCACUGUGUGGUUAGUUUAAUUCACCUGGUGUCCCAGGUCUAAAGCUGUCCCUAGUAAGAGGGCUGGAAUGAAAACCAGCCAAUAGCCUUGAUUUGAGAACCACACGAGUAAAUGUUUAGAACAGUUGUCUACCAGGUUUUCUUAUCAGUAAUCACUUUUAACUCCCUUAAUCAAUAACAUGAUAACUAACCCUUAAUGUAGUCAGUUGUUACCAGAGGAAAUGCAUUAUUUUUCUUUUAAUUGGUUAUUGGUUAUUACAGGUUUAUUACAUUAUCAGUCGCAACACCCUCUCUCCCCCUCCACCUGAGCGCCCAUCAGCGUACCCCAGGGGUCCUCGCGCCCCACCCGUCAAGCGCCUCGGAGUUGACAGAGCAUAGCCUUUGUCAUCACCCAGAAAUGCCUCGUCCAACCUCCACCCGGCCAUCACCAUGAGCAGAACCUCCCCUGGGGAAGAAAAUGGACGACAACCCCCCCCCCCCCCAGCCCCGCCCACCCCCCAGCGUUAGUACCAGCCACUACAAACCGACUUACAGCAAAGCUGUCGACCUCCCAACGGCGGCGUUUUCCAGUGGUUUACACUUCCUGUGACGAUGAAUAAUGAAUAACUCAUCAGAGUUCUGCAGGGACAUGAAUGAAGUGUGUUGCAGGACUGUUGUUUUAUCCUGUCUUCUUCUGUGAAUGUUUUGGCUGUACUGAGCUGCAGUGCUGCCUGUGACUGGCCUACAGCAACCCAAAUGUAGACUUAGCGGGCAGUUUGUCUACUCUUAUUAUCUCUAGGCUAACUUUUGUAUUCCUUUAUUUUAUUUAUUUGUUAUAUUUUAAAUCUUUUGUUUUACUUUACGUGGAAACAUCUCAUCACCCUUUUGGGAGAAUUUACGGCCAUGUAAAUGGUGAUGAUUGAAAUGCUUUUGACUGAAUUUUGUUUAUACCCGAAUGAGGGCAUUUUGGGUGAGACAGUACACUGUAACAGGUGACCUUGAGUUAUUUUCCUGACUGAAUCAACACGAUACUAAAUCAUGUAAAUUGGAAUAUCAGUCAACGUGAAAUUUGAUUUUGUGCCUAACAGUACAUCAAACCGAAAUAUGAACACAAUAUUUUUAGCCUUCAUAUCUUUCAGUUAUAAAUAUUCCGUUUUAGAAACCAACAUAGUACAUUUACGAUGUUACACAAGAUCCAUUUCCCUGGAGCUGAGAAAUGCUGAUGCUGAUGAUAUUUCUUGUAGUUUCGGUUCAUAAUCUUUCUCUAGUGAAUAAUGAUAUUUAGCAGUAUUGUCACACUGUUGUCAUAACCGGUAAUUUACCCUGCAGGGGUUGACUAACUACAUGAAUGAAAAACCCUUAUUAUUUACAUAAGGCCAUUAUUUACAUCUUUACUCUAACAUAAACCAUGUACAGAAAA